AUGUCUUCAUCUUUAUAUUCUUCACAAAAUGAUAAAACACAAUACGAUUAUGCAUUAAAACCUCGAGAAGAGCAAGAUUAUACAGAAAUAUACCCAGAUUUAGAUGCCACGGGACAAUUACCAGUUUUUGUAAUUAAAGAAGACGAAGAUGAUGUAUAUUCACAAUCUAAUCAUCAUUCUAAUAAUUUUGUAAAUUUUUCCGAAUUAAAAGCACCCAUUUUUAGGCAAAUUCAACAACCACAAGUUAAUCCCAAUAUAAAAUUUAAUAAACAAUUGUUAGAUUAUGGAUUUCAAGAACCAAAUAAACUCCCAAAAACAGUUGGUAAUAAUUACAAUAGACCAUUUCAAUUGACCAAUACUAAAGAUGAAUCAAUUGAAAAAUUAAUUGACAAGAAAAGAAAUUUAGUAGAAUAUGAUAUGGAUGAACAAGAUUAUUUAUAUUUAAAAGAACGUAAUGAAAAGAGGGAAAAUGUGAUUAAGAUUACUCCAGAAGUCUUUGAAAUUAUGAUUACAACUUUGGAAAAUGAAUGGGAUAAAUUAGAGCAUCAAAUGAAUUCAAUAAUUAGUAAUACAACUAAACAACUACAAACAACUACAAAUGAUCAUAAAUUAUUAAAAAUGAGUCAUAAUAAUCAUAAAUAUGGUAAUGAUGAUGGCAUUGUACCUGGAUCAAUAUAUGAUCAAAAAUGUGCAAUAUGUAAUGAUAGUGAUUGUGAUAAUGCAAAUGCAAUAGUUUUCUGUGAUGGAUGUGAUAUAGCAGUUCAUCAAGAAUGUUAUGGAGUUGCUUUUAUACCAGAAGGUCAAUGGUUAUGUCGAAAAUGUAUGAUUAAUAAAAAUCGAACUACUGAAUGUGUAUUUUGUCCAAGUACAACAGGUGCUUUUAAACAAUUAGAUAAUAGUUUAUGGAGUCAUGUAAUAUGUGCGAUUUGGAUUAAUGAAUUAUAUUUUGCAAAUCCAACUUAUAUGGAACCAAUAGAAGGAAUAGAAAAUAUACCGAAAAGUAGAUGGAAAUUACAAUGUUAUAUAUGUAAACAAAAAGUUGGUGCUUGUAUACAAUGUACAAAUAGAAAUUGCUUUCAAGCAUAUCAUGUAUCUUGUGCUAAAAGAGCCGGUUUAUAUAUGAGUUACACUCAAGGUAUUAAAGCAGGUAUAAAUAAUAAAGCAACAUUAAAAACAUUUUGUGAUAAACAUGGACAAAAUGAAGUACCUGACGGUAUUGACAAAGUUCGAUUAUACUUUAGGGAUACAAAAUUGUUAGAUGAACAAAAUGCAAGGUUGAGUCGUAAUCAAAAGACUGCAAAUAAAUUAAAUAUAUUUAGAUGGAAAACUGAAACGAAUACACCAAUUCCUCCUAAACUAUUUAGUGAUAAAUUAAUUGAUAUUUUAUAUAAAUUAAAAGUUGAAAAUCAAAUUAGUUUACCUGAAGAAUCAACAAAUCAAGUGGUGGAUUUAAAUGUUCUUCCAAAUAGAUCAAAACAAGAAAUAAAUGAUGAAAUGACUGAAAUAUGUAAUGAUAUAUGUCGUUAUUGGUGUUUAAAAAGAGAAUUGAAAAGGGGUGCACCAUUAAUACGGAAAAAUAAUAAUUUAAUAUCCACUAGUUCAAUAUUGUAUGAUUCAAAUUUUUUAGAAAAUGGAAUAUCAUCUGAUGAAGAUAAAUUAAAGGAAAAAUUGGAUUUUGCAAAUUUAUUGUUAAAUGAUUUGAACAAAUUGACAAAUAUUAAUGAGAAUGUAUUGAAUAGACAAAUUAUAAAUGAUGAACUGAAUGAUGUAAACUUUGAUAAUCUUGAUAUGAUUUAUUUCCCAACAAAAAGAAUGAUUGAGGAUUUGUUGAAUAAAUUAAGUGGUAAACAUGAUGUAAAUGAAACAUUUCAAAAUUUCAAACCUAAAGCUGGUGAUUUAAAAUUUUCAUGUUUAAAGGAUAUAAUGAAUUAUAAUUUAUCAUAUGGAUAUAAAUCAAUUGUAGAGUUUCAAAAAGAUAUAGAGAAACUAACGUCACAAAUUUUCAAAGAAAAUAAAGCAACCAAUCCAACUUACAAGAAAGUUAAAAAUUGGCUAAGAGAUUAUAAUAAAGAAAUAGUGAAAAUAAAACAAUUGUUGAAUAAAGAAAACAAUACAUUUACACACUAUACUUUGGAUGCAAAAAUUGAGGUACCCGAAGAAGAUAGUGAAGAUUUAAGUGAUAUUGAAAUUGAUGAAACGAAAGAGGACAUCAAAAUAUUGGAGAAUUUUUUGAAUAAUUAA